AUGAAUUCACCUCAACUGCCAUGGAUUGUUCAGAAAUACGGAGGAACCAGUGUAGGCAAAUUUCUGAAUGAAAUUGCGGAUACGAUUAUACCGAAAUAUUUAAAAACAAAUAGAGUCGCCAUUGUUUGCUCAGCAAGAAGUGGAGUCACGAAAGAAAAAGGAACGACAAACAGAUUAUUACGAGCAGCAAAAGAAGCUAUCACGGAAGGGUCAAAAGAGCACUUGAAUAUUGUAAAAGAAAUAAGAGAUGAUCACAUUAAUGCAGCUAGAUCGGUCAUUAAAAACCCAGAGAUAUUAUCGGCCCUUGAAGAUCAAUUAGAAAAAGAUUGUCUAAAGUUGAAAUCCUUUUUGGAAGCAGCAGAGAUAAUUGAAGAAAUAUCUUCAAGAUCAAAAGAUAUCAUUGUUGGCAUGGGCGAAAAACUGUCAUGUACCAUUAUCGCGGCUGUAUUAAAAGACAGGGGAAUAGAUAGUCAACUAGUAGUUCUAAGUAAUAUAAUCAAUCAAGAGUUCACAACCCUAGAUCAAUCAUUUUACGACUAUGUGGCUGGUCGAUUAAAAGAGAUCAUACAUGAUUGUGGAAAUCGGGUGCCAGUCUUGACAGGAUUCUUUGGUUAUGUACCUGGAAGUUUGUUGAAUAGCAUUGGUAGAGGAUAUACAGAUCUCUGUGCAGCAUUAGCCGCUGUUGGUCUACAAUCACAGGAACUUCAGAUUUGGAAAGAAGUAGACGGUAUCUUCACAGCCGAUCCACGAAAGAUAAAUACAGCAAGACUAUUACCCAUUAUCACUCCCGAAGAAGCAGCAGAGUUGACCUAUUACGGAUCAGAAGUUAUCCAUCCGUUUACCAUGGAACAAGUCAUUAGAGCAGAAAUUCCCAUUCGUAUAAAAAAUGUCGAAAAUCCCUCAGGUGUAGGAUCCAUCAUAUUCCCCGACAGCCUCAAGAGAAACGGUUCUGCUACGCCUCCGCCUUCACCCGAAGUUUUAGCUCAGAAUGGCUAUCAUAAGGACUUGUCAAGGAAGCGGCCUGCCGCAGUCACUGUCAAAGACAAGAUUUGUGUCUUGAACAUACAGUCAAACCGUAAAAACGUAAGCCAUGGGUUCCUUGCAAAGAUAUUCACCAUUCUGGAUGAGCAUAAUAUUGUCGUUGACUUGAUUUCUACUUCACAAAUAAAUGUCUCCAUGGCCCUAUCCAUAGAUGCCACUGAGAAUAGCUUGAGUAGAGCCCUAGUGGAAUUAGAAAGAUUAGGAACAGUCGAUGUUAUCCGAGAUAUGGCCAUUGUGUCGCUUGUAGGCAAACAGAUGAAGAAUAUGAUCGGUAUAGCCGGUGAAAUGUUCUCUUCAGUGGCGGAAGCUGGAGUUAGUUUAGAAAUGAUUUCACAAGGUGCAUCAGAAAUUAACAUCUCUUGUGUUGUAAAAGAAAAGCAUGCAUUAAGUGCACUUAAAGCCAUACACCAAAAACUGCUUGAUGCAGACCCUAAUUUAGACACUGUAUAA